AUGUCCUCUCACACAACAAGCUUGGUAUCCCCCGCCUCUUUUCGCGAAACAUUGUCAGGGCACAAGAUACCCGUCUUGGGAUAUGGUCUAUAUGAAGUCCCAGAAAAUGUCGCAGAAGAUGUGACCAAAACAGCAUUAAAAGCUGGCUACCGCCAUUUUGAUUCGGCUGCAUUUUACGAGAACGAGGCGCAAUGUGCUGCAGCAGUUCGCAGCGCAGGAUUAGAACGCUCCGACGUCUUUUUAACGACAAAAAUCUUACCAGAGUUUGCAGGAAAGGGGGUUGGCUAUGAAGCUACAAAAGAAUGUAUUCAGAAAAGCCUCGAAAGGGCUCAAACGUCAUACUUCGACCUAAUCUUGAUUCACACCCCAUAUGGAGGGAAGGAAGGACGCCUAGGCACAUGGCGCGCGCUUGUUGAAGCCCAAAAGACCGGCAAGACUCGCUUGAUCGGUGUGUCGAAUUACGGUAUUGCUCACUUGGAGGAGUUGGAAAACUACAUCCAGAGCGAAGUUGGUGGUCAUAUCGACGUCGCUCAGUACGAACUGCACCCCUGGCUCGCGCGGGCGGAUCUGGUUGAGUGGUUUAAGAGACGAGGGACGGUCAUCGAGGCGUACUCUCCUCUUGUCAGAGGAACUCGGAUGACUGAGCCUGUACUCCAGUCAUUGAGUGAGAAGCACGGGAAAUCACCGGCUCAGAUCUUGAUCCGCUGGAGCCUUCAAAUGGGGUUCAUUCCUUUACCAAAAUCGUGUACUCCCAGGCGGAUUAUGGAAAAUACCGAUGUGUUUGAUUUCGAACUGGAUGCAGGCGACAUGAAUAUGCUGCAUACUGGUGAUUAUUCGCCAUCUGAAUCUGACUGGGAUCCUACCAUAGAGGGGCUUGAGAAAUAA